AGUCGAGGGGCGCCGCGAGACGAGGUCGGUUAUCGCGCGGCCCACGACAGAGUCGGACCAAAAAAUGGCGCCGCCGCCGGCCCUGGACGGCAACGAGGACAUCGUCAUCUCAGGCAUGUCCGGCCGCUUCCCCGAGUCCGGCAACGUCUACGAGUUCCGCGACAACCUUUACAACAAGGUCGACAUGAUCACGCAGGACGCGCGCCGCUGGGACAUUGACCACAACGAGAUUCCGCGGCGCAUCGGCAAAAUCCGCGACCUGGAGAAGUUUGACGCGUCCUUCUUCGCGGUUCACUACAAACAGGCGCAGACCAUGGACCCGAUGUGCCGCAUCCUGCUCGAGCUCGCCUACGAGGCCAUCGUUGACGCCGGCGUGAACCCGGCGAGUCUGCGCGGCUCCAAGUGCGGCGUGUUCGUAGGCGCGUGUUUCAGCGAGACGGAGAAGAUUUGGUUCUACGAGAAGAUCCAAAUCCACGGCUUCGGCAUCACCGGCUGCAGCAGGGCCAUGCUCGCCAACCGCAUCUCCUACUGGCUCGGCAUCCACGGCCCGAGUUACUCAGUGGACACGGCGUGCUCGUCGAGUCUGUACGCGAUGGACCACGCGGUGCGGUCGAUCCGCAGCGGCGAGUGCGACGCGGCGCUGGUCGGCGGCUCCAACCUCACCCUCCACCCCUUCAUCUCGCUCCAGUUCGCGCGCCUCGGCGUCCUCUCACCCGAGGGCAAGUGCAAGUCCUUCGACGCAUCAGCGAACGGGUACGUGCGGAGCGAGACGGUGGCGAUGGUGUUCCUGCAGAAGGCCAAGGACUCACGGCGCAUCUACGCGACGGUGGUGCACACCAAGACCAACUGCGACGGCUUCAAGGAGCAGGGCAUCACGUACCCCUCGGGCGCCCUCCAGGGCGUCCUCCUCGCCGACUUCUACAAAGAGUGCCGCGUCCCCCCAGAGCAACUCGCCUACCUCGAGGCCCACGGCACCGGCACAAAGGUGGGCGACCCUGAGGAGCUCAACACGAUCGACAGGGUGUUGUGCGCCAACCGGAAGGAGCCCCUCCUCGUCGGCUCCGUCAAGUCCAACAUCGGACACUCGGAACCCGCCUCCGCCCUCUCCUCAAUCAUCAAGGUGGUGAUUGGAUUUGAGAAUGGCAAAAUUCCGCCAAACCUGCACUUCAAGAACCCUCGUCCGGGCAUCCCCGCGCUGGCCGAGGGCCGCAUCAAGGUGGUGUCGGAGGUGACGCCGUGGACGGGGGGUUAUGUGGGCAUCAACUCGUUUGGGUUCGGUGGCGCCAACGCGCACUGCCUCCUCCGCUCGCAUCAAAAGGAAAAACCCAAGACAGACCCUGCCGAGCUGGACGGCCUCCCCAGGAUCGUCCUCGCCUCUGGACGCACCCUCGACGCCGUGGAGACCAUCCUCGCUGAGUUUGAGAAGCGGGCUGUGGACAGCGAGUACGUGGCGCUGGAAAACUGCGUGCACGAGGACAAGAUCGCCGGCCACCUGUACAGAGGGUUCGCGGUGCUGCCGGGGGCGGUUCCUGCGGCGGGGGCGGCUCCUCAGAAGGCCAAGCUGCGGGACGCGCAGCACUUUCCGGGGGCGAAGCGGCCCGUGUGGUUCGUGUUCGCCGGCAUGGGCAGUCAGUGGGUGGGCAUGGGGCGUGACCUGCUCAGGGUCGACGCCUUUGCCAGGGCCAUCGACCGCUGCGACGCCGUCCUGCGGCCCAAGGGCGUCGACAUCAGGCGUAUCAUCACCGACGACGACCCCAAAACCUUUGACAACAUCCUCAACUCGUUCGUCGGCAUCGCCGCUGUACAGGUGGGUUUGGUGGACGUUCUGCGCGAGGCCGGCGUGGAGCCGGACGGAAUCAUCGGCCACUCUGUGGGCGAGUUGGGGUGCGCGUACGCCGACGGUUGCAUGAGCGGCGAGCAGAUGGUUUUGGCCGCCUACUGCCGCGGCCUCGCCUCCCUUGAGACGCCCCUCAUCAGAGGAUCCAUGGCCGCAGUCGGUCUUUCGUACGAAAUGCUGGCGCCGCUGUGUCCGGGCAACGUGGACGUGGCGUGUCUGAACGGGACGGACUCUUGCACGAUUUCUGGCCCGGCCGACUCGGUGGCCGCCUUUGUGGCCGAGCUCAAGGCCAAGGAGGUCUUCGCGCGCGAGGUCGCGUGCGCGAACAUCGCCUACCACUCGCGCUACAUCGCCGACGCCGGACCCACCCUGCUCAAGUACCUCACCCAGGUGGUGCCGGAGCGUAAGGCGCGUUCGGCCAAGUGGGUGAGCAGCUCGGUGCCCCAGGCCAGGUGGGACAGGGAGGAGGCAAAGUUCUCGUCGCCCGAAUACCACACCAACAACCUGCUGUGCCCCGUCCUCUUCGCGCAGGCCCUCACACACCUCCCCAAGGACGCAAUUACGAUCGAAAUCGCGCCGCACGGCCUCCUGCAGGCAAUCCUGCGUCGCUCGCUCGGCCCUGAAUGCACAAACAUUGCCCUCACUCAGCGUGGCGCCCCCAACGCCCUAGAAGUCCUCUUCAACGCCUUUGGCAGGAUGUUUGUGGCGGGAAUACAGCCCAAGGUGAACAAGUUGAUGCCGCCGGUGGAGUUCCCCGUCAGCAGGGGCACCCCUAUGAUCUCGCCGCUCGUCCGGUGGCAGCACUCGGACGACUGGCACGUCGCCAUUUACAAAAACGAGAGCAAACUGGAGACUGGAGAGCGGACGGUGGCGGUGGACCUGCAGGAGGAGGACAACAUCUUCCUCACCGGCCACUGCAUCGACGGCAGAAUUCUCUUCCCCGCCACUGGAUACUUGUUCCUGGCGUGGGAAACUUUCGCUUUGAUGAGCAACAAAAUGAUCACGGACGUGCCCAUCGUGUUUGAGAACGUCAAGUUCCUGCGCGCCACCAACGUGCCCAAAGACGGGGCGGUGACAUUCACGAUCAUGGUGACCAAGGGCACCGGACACUUCGAGGUGGUCGAGAGCGGCAGCACGGUCGUCACGGGGCGCUUGUCGCAGCCCGAGAACGUGGCCAAGGAGCAGCUCGACCUGCCCCCGGCCACGCCCACCAACGACCAGCCCCCUCUCCUACAGGAGGACGUCUACAAGGAGCUGCGCCUGCGCGGUUACAACUACGCCGGCAUCUUUAAGGGCAUCAAGUGCGCCCACAGCUCUGGCGAAUCAGGGACGCUGUUUUGGGAGGACAACUGGGUGGCGUUCAUGGACGCGCUGCUUCAGGUGGAGAUUCUGCAGCUGGACUCGCGCUCCCUUUACGUGCCCACCGCCCUCCAAAAGCUCACCAUCGACCCCAAGAAACACCUUGACCUGCUCAAGGACCAGCAGCUGCUUGACGACCAAACCAAAGCUGAGCUUGGUUUCGCGGCGUUCCGGAAGCACGAGGUGCUGCAGGCGGGGGGCGUGGAGAUCCGGGGGGUGCAGGCGAGCGUGAUCGCGCGGCGCAAGCCCAAGGCGGACCCCCUGCUCGAGACGUACCAACUGGUGCCGUACCGGCCCGCGGACGUGCUCUCCGACUCGGCCGCCCUCAGGGUGUGCGCCCACGUGGCCCUCGAGAACUCGAUGGCCUGCGCCAAGCUCAAGGUGGUUGAGUGGGUGCCCCCGAUCGAGACCAACGCCAACUGCCUCCUCACCCUCAAGCUCCCCACCAUCUUCGCCGACCUCCCCAUGAUCAGCGCGGAGAUCACGCUGUUCGGAGCGGGGGCGGUUUUGACCGAGACUCUGACCGAUGGCAACAUGUUGUCGGGGGUGACGCUGGACGAGCGGCGGGGCAUCCCCAGGGACUCGGCCGCCAACCUGAUGACGUGCGGCGAGGGCUCCACCAUGUUGUUGCUGCCCGAGGUGUUCGCCGACGCCGUCGCCGCCACCCUGCCCAGGGGAUUCAUCAUUCUCCAGCUGAAAAAGGACGAGUGGAAAGACGCGGAGGCAAAGCUGCAGAAUUUGGGUUGUCUGGUCAUUUCUGUCGUGCCAUUCAACGACGAAGACAACGAGGAUGAGGAGGAGGGAGUUUUCGUUCUUGCCAGGAAGAUGGAGAGUUCGGCCGCGCAGCCUGAUGAAGUAAAGGGGAAGGACUGGGUCAUCCACAUCCCCGAGAGCCAAAUCAACUUUGGCGAAAACUUGGGUGGCGCCAAGUUCGAGUGGGUGGGCGAGUUGCAGGAGGCGCUUGCGUCUGAUCCUCCCCCACACCGCGUCUACCUAGUCUCGCAGCACGCGCCACUCUCAGGAAUCAUGGGCUUGGUCAACUGCCUUGCCAGGGAGACCCAGGGCGACAUCGUCAGGUGCGUGUUCGUGCUGGACGAGGCGGCGCCCGAGUUCAGCGUGGAGGCGCCGUUCUACGCGGAGCAGCUGCGCAAGGACCUGCUGGUGAACGUGGCGGUGACGGGCGAGGGGUGGUCGAGCUUCCGCCACCUGCCGCUCGAGUGCGAGACUGCGCUGGUGUCGCAUGCCUACGUCAACGUGAUGACGCGCGGCGACCUGUCCAGCUUCAAGUGGCUGCAGGGCCCACUGUCCGACCUGCGCCAGGACUUUGGCGCCAAAAACCUCUACCACGUUUACUUCUCGGCCCUCAACUUCCGCGACGUCAUGACCGCUACCGGCAAACUCGCCGUCGAGGUCAUCGCCCCCGACCGACGCUCCCAGGACUGCGUCCAGGGCCUCGAGUUCUCUGGCCGCGACGCCGACGGCAACAGGGUCAUGGGCCUGGUGAGCAGCGGGGCGUUGGCGAACGUGGUGCUGGCGGACCCGCUGCUGGUGUGGGAUGUGCCCUCGGAGUGGACGCUGGAGGAGGCGGCGACCGUGCCCGCCGUCUACUGCACCGUGUACUACGCGCUGGUGGUGCGCGGACGCAUGCGCGCCGGCGAGUCGCUGUUGGUGCACGCGGGCAGCGGCGGCGUUGGCCAGGCCGCCAUCCACGUCGCCCUCCACAUGGGCUGCGACGUCUUCGUCACCGUCGGCACCAAAGACAAGCUUGACUUCAUCCGCGCCACCUUCCCUCAGAUUCCCGAGGCAAACAUCGGCAACUCGCGCGACACUUCAUUCGAGCAGAUGGUGAUGGAGCGAACCGACGGCAAGGGUGUCGACCUCGUGCUCAACUCGCUCGCCGGCGACAAACUUCUCGCCUCCGUCCGAUGCCUCGCCAUGCACGGCCGCUUCCUUGAAAUCGGAAAGGUGGACAUGGCGGCCGACUCGGCGAUCGGGAUGCACUGCCUGCUGAAGGACAUCAGUAUCCACGGCGUGUUGCUUGACUCGAUCAUCGAAGGCACCCUGUACGAGAAGAAGCGCCUGCGCGAGAUGUUUGCGCACGGCAUGCGCAGUGGCGCCAUCAAGCCGCUCGUCCGCCAGGUCUUCGGCCCUGACCAGGUGGAGAAGGCGUUCAGGUUUAUGGCGGCGGGGAAGCACAUCGGUAAGGUGCUGCUGCGCAUCCGCGCCGAGGAGGUGGGGGCUCAGGGGGCGGGGCUCCGGCCCAAGACGCACCUGGUCGAGGCGAUCCCGCGCUUCUUCUGCGAGCCCUCCAAGUCGUACGUGCUGGUCGGCGGCCUCGGCGGCUUUGGCCUCGAGCUGGCCGACUGGCUGGUGCUUCGAGGCGCCACCAAACUGGUCCUCGCCUCGCGCACCGGCCUCCGCACCGGAUACCAGGCUUCCAGGAUCGCCCGAUGGAACUCCUACGGUGUCCAGGUGGUGAUUUCGCGGGCGGACGUGAGCUGUGAGCAGGGUUGCGUGGCGCUGGUGCAGCAGGCGGCCAAGAUGGGCCCGGUUGCGGCCGUUUUCAACCUGGCCGUGGUGCUGUGCGACGCGUUGUUCGCCAACCAGAGCGAGGAGAGCGUGGCCGUGGCGUUGGUACCCAAGGCUUGCACGACGCGUCUGCUGGACAAGGUCACGCGGCGGCUGUGCCCCAAGCUGCAGCACUUUGUCGUCUUCUCGAGCGUGAGCUGCGGCCGCGGAAACCCCGGCCAAACCAACUACGGCCUCGCCAACUCGGUCAUGGAGCGUGUGUGCGAACAGCGCAGGCGCCAGGGCCUCCCCGCCCUUGCCGUCCAGUGGGGUGCAGUCGCAGAUGUCGGACUCAUCGCAGACAACAUGGUGGCGGGCGAGGGGAGUGAGCCUGUGAUCGGCGGCACGAUCCCGCAGAGGAUCACGAGCUGCCUGGCCGUGCUGGACACGUUCCUGUGCCUGCCCCAGGACGACUCGCAGCCGGCCGUCGUCUCCUCCAUGGUGGUCGCCGAAAAGUCCAAAAAGUCAAACGCCUCCGGCUCCGUCGUGGACACCGUCGGAAACAUUCUCGGGCUGAAGGACCUGAAGACGGUGUCGCUGCACUCGACGCUGGCCGAACUGGGCAUGGACUCAAUGAUGGCCGUGGAGAUCAAGCAGACGCUGGAGCGCGAGUUCGAGAUGUUCCUCUCGGCGCAGGACAUCCGCGGACUGACCUUUGCCAAGUUGACUGAGUUGGCGCAGAGCAUGCAGGAGGAAUUCAGAAACCGCAACAAGGACCUCACGGCCGAGGACAACCUGUGGAUGGUGGGGGGGUUGCAGCACCUGCUGAGUGUGGUGGGGGAGCCGGAGAAGGCGCGGCAGGCGGCCAUCGUGCUGAGCACUGACCCUGAGGUCACCGACCGGCGCACCCUGUUCAUGGUACCGGGGGUUGAAGGCCUCGCGUGGGUCAUGGAGCCGCUGGCCAAGCAGCUGCACCGUCCCGUCGUCUGCCUCCAACUGCCCCUUGACGCCCCCAGCCACGCCGUCCCCGAUCUCGCAAAUAUCCUCCUCCAGCGAUUGACGGAGGUGCAGCCGCAGGGGCCGUACCACCUGCUGGGCUACUCGUACGGCACAAUCCCUCUGAUGGAGGCGGUGCUGCGGCUGCAGGAGCAGGGUUACGAGGUCAAGGUCGUGCUGGUGGACGGGUCGUUGGCCUCGUUGCAGGCCGUGGCGCGCACCGGCGUCUCGGGCGCAAGCGACGCUGAGUGGCAGGCAAAUUUCCUCGAGAAACUCAUGCUCAUCGUCGGCGUCACCGACGCAGCAAAGGUGGCGAGCGAGUUGGUGGGGUUGGCCGACUGGGAGGCGCGACUGGCGGCGACGGCGGCGCACUUCCCCGACGAGACGCAGCGCGAGUUCCACGCGCUGUGCGUCGACGCCGUGCAGAAGCGGUGCACCCAGUUGCUGGAGUACGCGUGGCCCGAGGGGCGCAAGGUCACGUGCCCCGUCACCCUGAUCAGGACGACGCAGGGCUUCGCGGCCGCCGAGCCCGACUACGGCCUCUCCCAACUGUGCGACUCGAGUGUGACCGUGCACCAGGUCGAGGGCAGCCACAUCGGGAUUGUGCACAACCAAAGGACUGCCGAAAUCAUCAACAACGAAGCAUUUAAAUGAGACUUUUGUGUACAUUUUGUGUAAAAACGACCACGAUUAUUUUUUAAGCAGCAGCUAUUGUAGGAUUUAGACCAAAAUAUAAAACAAAAGGUGUAUUGAUUAAGGCACACUA